AGGAGGAGCUCCCAGCGAGCGGCCAUAAUCUCGCUGUCGCAAGAUCGUCGGGGGUUGGAUCAAGCCCCACAGCCUCAUCCCGGACUCGCUCGGCCAUGACCAUGACCCCCAACAUCGACGUUCUCAUCUUCCGAGACAAGCAUGCUCGCGCUCGGCGCGAAAGGCUCUUGGCCAAGCAGGAGCAGGGCCUGGAGUCGUCAAAAUCCACCCUUGUCGGAAUGGUUACCAAGCUCAACAAACUCAAGUAUGCGUCGGAGGAGCAGCGGGCGACCACCGCCAAACAACGACACAAGAUUGUGUGGCGCGAGGAGCUUGGCAACUUGGCAUCAUCGAGGUAGUGUGCUUACUGGGUGGUCAUUACAGCGACUCAGGAACAUCCUGGAGUUGGCUCGGUGGUGCACGGCUCGCAGGCCCGGCUCACCCCGAAUGGCUCUGUUUCAACCAGAAAGCACUUGGAGACCGAGAUUUUCACGCUGCUGGGCGGCUAUCUCGGGCGGUACCGAAGCAGUGAAGAUUCGCCGGAUGCACAGACCAUCUCCGAGUACAUGCAAAACGAGGUCCAGCAGAUGCAGGCUCGCGAAGCAUCCUCUCAGGAUUUACUCGAUUUGGUAUCGCAAUGUCGCUCUCGAUCCAAGCAACUUGUGGCCCUGCGGGACGACCGAGCGGCUAAGAAUGCCUUUGAUCAAUUCGAAGUGCUUAAGAAGCAGAUUGCAGAGCUUGAUGCCCAGGAGUCCGCCCUGACAACAGAAGUACAAAGGCUGCGGGACCAGAUUAGCGAGUUCGAUGGCUGCCCAUUGGAGCCAGUUUGGGUCCAAGACUCGCAGGGCCGGAUCUUUCGCUCGGACGACGUUCAAGAGACCCCGCUGUUGUCGGGCACGUACAUUAGGAGCGAGAAAAGUGAGUUUGUGGUCUGUCGGAUGAGACGCUGACGAGCUUGAAGUCAGCGCUGACGGAUGAACGAUCCCGGACGCAAGCGCAUCGGUGUCGCUAUUUCCUGAUAGUGAUUGUGUGUCUUCUUGGGUAAGGUUGUGCAUGGCGUAUCAGACUCAACUGCUGAAUCUGCGAGAAGACUUUGCGGGAUACAUCGC